AGUGACCCCGGUAUCUGCAAGAGCUACCUAGGCAUGGAAUAGUUAGUUCAACGGAGAAGUCGCAGUCUCGGUCCAAUUGGCGUCGGAAAAGGUGAAGGUGGCCUUUCGACUGUUCACUCCAGUCCACGUAUAUCUCAACUUUUUAACCUUUUCCUAUCUCUGGCUUGUACAUAGCGUGAUUCGCAUUCCUUACUUCACGCCGAGCCUGGAUAUUCCAUAUUCCAAUGCGGCGUCUACGGUGAUUCUAUUUCCUUUGCAAUUCUUUCUACCGGUCCUCUUCAUCGAUUUCUCCACCCAUUGUCAGUAUUUCGGACCUAGGUUUCGUUCCCAUCGCGCAGAAUUCGAAUGACCUCGAGCCGCACGACACAUUGAGAUGCCUGCGAAAUCGAGAUUCACAAGGCUCGAUGCCUUCACCAAGACCGUCGAGGAUGCGCGGAUACGGACCACUUCUGGUGGAAUCGUCACCAUCGUAUCCUUGAUUGUCGUUCUCUAUCUUGCCUGGGGAGAAUGGUCUGAUUAUAGGAGGAUAGUCAUCCACCCAGAACUUAUCGUCGACAAGGGCAGAGGAGAGCGAAUGGAAAUUCAUAUGAACAUCACAUUCCCUAGACUCCCUUGCGAGCUUUUGACCCUCGAUGUGAUGGACGUCUCCGGUGAGCAGCAGCAUGGCGUACUGCAUGGCGUGAAGAAAGUCAGGCUGCAGCCCGCUACCCAGGGUGGAGGAGUCAUCGAUGUGACUGCGCUGUCUCUUCAUGGUAAGGACGAGACGGCCGAGCAUUUAGAUCCCAACUACUGCGGCCCUUGCUACGGUGCUCCCGCUCCUGCUAGCGCUACGAAACCCGGCUGCUGCAACACUUGCGACGAGGUUCGAGAAGCGUACGCGCAGGCAUCUUGGGCUUUUGGUAGAGGCGACGGCGUCGAACAGUGCUUACGGGAGCAUUACGCCGAGAAGCUAGAUGAACAAAGGCAUGAAGGUUGCCGGAUCGAAGGCGCAAUCCGGGUUAACAAAGUCAUUGGCAACUUUCACUUUGCGCCGGGCCGAAGUUUCAGCAAUGGAAACAUGCACGUUCAUGACCUCAAGAAUUACUGGGAUAGUCCGGUGCACCAUUCGUUCGAGCACGAAAUUCACCAGCUUCGCUUUGGACCUCAGCUCCCCGAGGACGUAACUCGGAAGCAUGCUAAAAAUAGUCCUUGGACUAACCACCACAUAAAUCCCCUGGACCAAGUUAAGCAAACCACUGACGACCCCAACUUUAACUUCAUGUACUUCGUGAAGGUUGUCCCGACUGCGUACCUCCCCCUCAGCUGGUCAAAGCCGAGCGGGCACGACGGCCAAGCCGAUGACGAGAUUUGGCUAGGAAACUUAGGUAGCGCGGUUGAUGGCAGCAUGGAGACGCACCAAUACUCGGUCACUAGUCACAAGCGAAGCCUAGCUGGAGGUGAUGAUGCAGCCGAAGGACAUCAAGAACGAAUGCACGCGAGAGGCGGUAUUCCGGGGGUGUUCUUUUCAUAUGAUAUUUCACCUAUGAAGGUUAUCAACCGCGAAGAACGUGCCAAAACCUUCACCGGGUUUUUAACAGGUCUGUGUGCUGUGAUUGGCGGUACAUUGACGGUGGCUGCUGCUGUCGAUAGGGGCGUGUACGAGGGCGCGACGAGGUUAAAGAAGCUUCAAUCGAAAAAUCUUUAGAGAGGGUUUCAUUGGGCGUCACCUCGACUGUAAAUUAAUGCCCGAUCAUCUCAAGUUCUUUGUUUGAUCGCAUGCACUGGGAAUGGCGUUUGCCGGCUAAUCUUGGGGGGAAAAAACAGUGUCUUGUUCUUGGAGAUCUUAGAGUAGUUUAUCUACGAAUCCGAUUGAGGUUUGUUAGUAGAAAGAACUGAGAGGUGAGACAUACAAUGGUCACUUGAAGAUUGGCAAUCGCUCUAAUAUUCGUGAUGUUCCGUAUGAUGUAUUUUCUUAAAACAUUUAUAUCGUUCUUUUCAGCUUUGUUUCCAAUAAUAUUGGUUUAGCUCACUA